CCUGGGCAGAGGAAGAGCUAGCUGAGGAAGUUAGCUGCUCGGAGCUCAGCAGAAGAUCCAACCUGCAUUCACUAAAGAUGGUGUGGAAGAUCAUCGGGCCACUGCAAGCAUGCCAGCUUCUCUUAGUGGUUUUAUCUUUGCCUCGGGGAAGGACAAGUUCUGUUUUAACUGUGAAUGGUAGAACUGAGAACUAUGUACUAGACACUGAACAUGGUGUCCAAGCAUCUCUGAAAUGUGCUGUUCAAAACCACACCAGGGAUGAAGAACUUCUCUGGUACAGAGAAGAUGGAGUAGUAGAUCUGAAAAAUGGAAACAAAAUCAACAUCAGUUCUGUCUGUGUCUCUCCCAUCAACGAAAGUGACGAUGGAGUCCGCUUUACCUGCAAGCUACAGCGCGAUCAGAAGGUGUCCAUUACAGUAGUGCUGAAUGUUACCUUUCCUCCUCUUCUAAGUGGAAAUGGCUUCCAAACCGUGGAGGAAGACAGCCAUGUAAGCUUGGUUUGCAAUGUGAAAUCCAACCCUCAAGCGCAGAUGAUGUGGUAUAAAAACAACAGCCCCUUGGUUUUAGAGAAAGGCCGUCACCAAAUCCAACAGACAAGGGAGUCUUUUCAGUUGUCAAUCACCAAGGUCAAGAAAUCUGACAAUGGGACCUACAACUGUAUUGCCAACUCAUCUCUAAAAAUGGAGACCAUGGACUUCCACCUGAUUGUUAAAGACAAAGUUCUAGUGGUGCCGAUAGAGCCCAUCAUUGCUGCUUGUGUCGUGGUCCUCCUGACGCUGGCUUUUGCACUGCUUUCUAGGAGGAAAAGAAUAAUGAAGCUCUGCAUGAAAAAGAAUGACCGGAAUUCAGAAACAGCUCUAUAAAAAAAAAACUGAGCUGCCGUCUAACACGUGAAGAGUUUUGCGUCAGGACUGUCUCAAUUUGUAUAAUGUCAUCUGUAUUUAUUGCUAUUUUUAAAUUCAUUCCUGUCUAUUUAGUUAAUUACUAAACAGUUGUUAUGACCCAAUUUGAUCUACUUAUGGAACUGUGUUAUGGGCAAGGGUUCAGAAUGGAGAGAUUUUAGUAAGGCCUCUCCUAAAGUAUGUUAAUUAUUUUCAAUUUAUUUCUAAUAGAUCAGUAACCACUUACUACUUAUAGUUUUCUACAUGGGAGAUUAACUGACAUUUGGAUUUUCUAAAUCAGUGUAGUAGCUGAGGAUGGAAGCAGAGAAUGAUGAACGAUGAUGUUUCUAAGUUGCCAGGGAGUCCGUAAAGAUGUGAACUGUCUCCUACAUUCAGUGUCAUCUCGUUAAUGUUUUGGGACUAAAGGAGGGAAGACCUAAUCUCAGAAUGUAAGGCAUUAUUUCAAGUGGAAAUAAAUUUUGUAUCAUGAA